AUGGUUGAUCCUUAUGAUUUCAUAGGUUCACCUACAGGUAAAAAAUCUAAACAAACACGUAAAAAACCAAUAAUAAAAACUUCUAAGAAGAAAAGAAAAUCAAAUGAAAAGUCACGACGUGUAUCAAUUCGACAAACAAAUAAUACAGUUCAUAUACGCACACGAUCGAAUACACGUGAUACGAAUCAAUUAGAUGAUGUAAAUGAUAAAGAAAAUAAUUCUAAUAAUGGUUUUACACAACUAAUUCAAACUAAAAUGAUGGAAGUCAAAAAACAGCAACAACAUAAACGUACAAAUAAACAAACAAAUGUAAUAGCAGAUGAAAAUCAAUCACCAUCAAUAUCAAGAAAACGACAACGAAUAGAUAAUGAAGAUACGACGGAUGCAAUACCUAAUCCAACUGAAAUAAACCAUCAAGAUAAUGAUCUUCCGAAGGAUACAAAUGAUGAACAUGUUAGUGUAGGUGCAACAACAACAACAACAUGUCAUCCCCGCUGUGAAUCAAAAGAUCAUUUUUUACUUCCAGCAAAUAAGAGACGUCGUGCAUGUCUUUGUUCAAAAAGACAACUAGACGAACUUGAAUUUGCUACAGAUAGUUUUAUAUCACCACAAACACAACGACAACAAGAAGUAGAGCAACAACAACCACAAGAUGAACUUCAUUUUCAACCGAAUUUAACUUCUAUUAAUUCUUCUCCACCGCCUCUCCUCCUUCUUCCAUCUUCGUCUUUAAUGCCACCUCCAACUUCAACAAUUCCAUUUGCACCUGUACAAUCAGUAUCAAUAAUUCAACAAGAAGAAAUUAGUGAAGAAGAAGAAGAGCAAGAACAGGAAAAUCAAUUAAAUGCAGUAUCUGUUACAUUUGCUCCUCUUUCACCAGCAAUGCCUUUAAAUUCAACUUACAUUGCGGCUCGUCGAUCAAUUCCAAUAAUAACACAAAUGCCACAAUCAUUACUAGCUAUUUCAACAUUACCUUUAAAUACAACUACAAUUUCAGAUAAUAUAACAAUACAAUCAACUUCAUCUAUUGUACAAAUUUCAAAUCUUGAACCACGAAUAUCCAACAAUUCAUCAAUAUUACCACCAAUUGAAUCAAUUUCUAACCGACAAGAUCAAGAAACAUCAAUGACACCAGCCGUUAGUCAAACAACAAGAUAUUCCAUAUCAACACAAACUGAUGAUGAUUAUUAUCCAACUCAUCAUCAUUGUAAUGAUGUUAGUGUAUGUCCAUGUGUUCAAAUUUAUACUCGUUCAGAACAAUUAUUCAUGGCUAGCAUGGCAAUCUUCUUUCGUAAUUCGAUCCAUGUCACACCACCAGAAUCAUCAUUAAGAACAUUCAGUAAUACAAUAAAAAAGAAUACUAAACGUCAAUCUCUAAGUCAUCAAAGUAUAUCACCUCAAUCCACUCCAAUAAUAAAUGAGAUCGAAAUUCCAAUUCAAAUUGAAGCACAUAUUGACAAUAAUAAUAAUAUUGCAAUUAAUGAAACAUAUGUAAUCAAUAAUAACGAUGAUACUAUAUCUGCAGUGGAACUCGAACCUCGACCAUCUUCAACUACAUUACUCGAUACAUCGACAGUAAUCAAUGAGACUCGAUAUGAUAAUACUAAAAAAUCCGAUGGCUCAUCUAUACAAAUUAAUAUUGAUUCUAGACAAGAACUAAAUGAAAAACAUUCAUCACCACCGAAAUCUUCUAAUGAUCAAAAUAAAUUCAAAUCAUUAGUAUUAGCAAUGACUGCUUUAAAGGAUCAUCAAAAAAUUGAAUUCAAUCGCUUUCUCGAAUAUUUUUCUGUUCGUUCAUCAACAACAAUCGAUGAUACAACAACACAUUUAAUAACUGACGAAGAAGAUGAAAAUUCUUUAAUAUGUCCAUUAACUGGUAAAGUUUUACAAGCGAUUACACGUCAUCUUAAAAUUGUUUCUUAUCGAUGGCUGACAGUAUGUUUAAGUAAAAAACAUUAUAUUGAUGAAAUUCCAACAUAUGAAAUCAUUGGUGAUACAAUUUAUAAUCAACAUUAUGGAAUGUCACGUUCUCGAAUGAAUAUUUCGAAUAAUUUUCGUUUAUUAGCAAAUUAUGCAUUUCAUUUAAAAUGUCAUGGUUGUCAACCAUUUCUUGAUAAUCGACCAUUAAUUGAACUUAUACAUUCAUCUGGUGGUCUUGUACUUAAAACACUCAAUCAACAUAUUGAUAAUAUUGGAAGACAAAUUAUAAUUUUAUGUUCAAAAACUUAUCUACAAAAUAAACCAGCAUUACAACAAGCUUGUGAAAAAUUAAAUAUUUUUUGUAUUGAACCAGAAUGGCUUAUCGCUUCUAUUGUUAAAUUUGAUAUACAACCUUAUGAACCGUGGCUAUGUACUUUGUAUUCAUAA